AUGUCUUUCCACCCGGAUCGAAACAGCGGCGGUGGGACUCCGCAGCAGCACGGCGCGUCCCAACACUUCCACACUCCUCCACCUCAGCCCCCAAACCUCCCGCCUGCCAUCCCUCCCCCUUUUCACCCUUACGACCCCCAAUGCUCCUCCACACCACCUCCCUUCCACUACGGCAUUCCUCCUCCACAUGGCGACUUCAUGCAGUAUCCUCCUCCUCCCAUUCCUCCUCCUUCCAACUCCCAAAACCCUUUCCCCAAAGCGCCUAACUUCCCUCCUCCCCCCCUCCCUCACGGCUCUUACAACCCGUACAUGAUGCCGCCUCCGCCCAUGCCGCCUCCGCCCAUGUCUGUGUACCCUCCUCCAUAUUACCAGCCUUUCCCACCGCCACAGUUCAACCAGGGCUACGCACAGACCCAGCCCAAGCCCGAGCCAGGGUUCAGGCACUUCAAGCCGCAGGAGGCCGGCAGAAGGUCGCCGGAUCGAGGCUACAGCGCCAGGCAAGACGAGCACAAAGGUUUCCGAGGUUACGGAGCAGCGGACAGGCGGAAAAUGGAGUGUGGAAGAGUGGAGAGUAAGGAGAGAGUGGAGGACAGAGGCAGGAGUCCGGACAGACGAGGGAGAUACAGACAGGAAUACGACCGUCGGAGCUCCCCGCGACACCGCAGCAGAGACCGCAGCAGAGAGCGGUAUCGCCACAGCCGGAGGUCCCAGUCUCCAGACCGACAAAGGAAAAGAGCCCGGAGCCGCUCCUCCAGCCGUGAGCGUAAACGUGGGUGCUGGGAGGAGGAGCGUGACAAAAGGUCGGACAGUUCCUCCUCCAGGGACAGGGGGCGCUGUUCCUCCGUCCGCAGCAGCAGAGAGUCAGAGGACGCGCCCGCCGACCGGGAGCGAGAGAAGGAGCGAGAGAAGGAGCGAGAUAAGGAGAGAGAGAAGGAGAGAGAGGAGGCCAAAGAGGAGGAGUUUCUGAAACCGGCCUGGAUCCGCUGCACUCACGCCGAGAACUACUACUCCAACGACCCCAUGGACCAAGUGGGCGACUCGACGGUCGUGGGCACCAGUAAACUCAAGAAGCUUUACGAGCGCUUUGAGGAGGAGCUCGGGAGGCGUCAGGAGCGAGCGAAGCAGGUGCGCCCGAAGUGGGACCCCCCCAAAACCAAACUGGACGAGGACCACGAUGGCAGCAGCAGUGAGUCCGAGUGUGAGUCUGACGCUGAGGGAAGCUCCUGCUCCUCCUCAGACUCAGACGUGUUCGAUGUGAUCGCUGAAAUCAAGAGGAAGAAGGCUCAUCCAGACCGACUGCAUGAGGAGCUGUGGUACAACGACCCAGGGCAGAUGAAUGAUGGGCCCCUGUGUAAGUGCAGCGCUAAGGCCAGACGUACGGGGAUCCGCCACAGCAUCUACCCGGGAGAGGAGCCUGUCAAACUCUGUCGCUUAAUGAACAACAACUCUGGAAAACUCUUCCACUACCGGAUCACCGUGUCUCCUCCCACCAACUUCCUGACGGAUCGACCGACUGUGAUUGAGUACGACGACCACGAGUACCUGUUCGAAGGCUUCUCGCUCUUCUCUCACGCUCCUCUCACUAAUAUCCCGCUCUGUCGUGUGAUCCGCUUCAACAUCGACUACACCAUCCACUUCAUCGAAGAGAUGGCUCCAGAGAACUACUGCCUUCAGGGCCUGGAGCUGUUUGCAUCGUAUCUGUUCAAAGACAUUCUGGAGCUUUACGACUGGAACCUCACAGGAUCAGAGGAGGAGAAGGACACGCCCCAAUGUCAGCGCUUUCACUUCAUGCCACGAUUCGUCAGAUUUCUUCCCGAUGGGGGUAAGGAGGUCCUGUCCAUGCAUCAGGUCCUGCUGUACGUGCUCCGCAGCAGUAAACCUCUGGUCCCAGCCGAGGACAUCGCCGACAUGCUGCAGUGGGAGGAGCUGGAGUGGCAGAAGUACGCAGAGGAGUGCAAAGGCAUGAUCGUGACCAACCCAGGCAUGAAGCCGAGCUCGGUGCGGAUCGACCAACUGGACCGAGAGCAGUUCAACCCCGAGGUCAUCACGUUCCCCAUCAUCGUCCACUUCGGGAUCAGACCGGCUCAGCUCAGCUAUGCAGGGGACCCCCAGAGGAGACUGAUUCCCUUCGACCUGUACGUCCGCACAGAGCGUGGAGUAUUUGACCUGUACGUCCGCACAGAGCGUGGAGUAUUUGACCUGUACGUCCGCACAGAGCGUGGAGUAUUUGACCUGUACGUCCGCACAGAGCGUGGAGUAUUUGACCUGUACGUCCGCACAGAGCGUGGAGUAUUUGACCUACAAGGCAGUGUGAGAGCGGCGCUAACCCGGGUCUAUGUGGUCACAGCGGCGCUAACCCGGGUCUAUGUGGUCACAGCGGCGCUAACACGGGUCUAUGUGGUCACAGCGGCGCUAACACGAGUCUAUGUGGUCACAGCGGCGCUAACACGGGUCUAUGUGGUCACAGCGGCGCUAACCCGGGUCUAUGUGGUCACAGCGGCACUAACACGGGUCUAUGUUGUCACAGCGGCGCUAACCCGGGUCUAUGUGGUCACAGCGGCACUAACACGGGUCUAUGUGGUCACAGCGGCGCUAACCCGGGUCUGUGUGGUCACAGCGGCGCUAACCCGGGUCUAUGUGGUCACAGCGGCGCUAACACGGGUCUAUGUGGUCACAGCGGUCUAUGUGGUCACAGCGGCGCUAACCCGGGUCUAUGUGGUCACAGCGGUGCUAACCCGGGUCUAUGUGGUCACAGCGGCACUAACACGGGUCUAUGUUGUCACAGCGGCGCUAACCCGGGUCUAUGUGGUCACAGCGGCACUAACACGGGUCUAUGUGGUCACAGCGGCGCCAACCCGGGUCUAUGUGGUCACAGCGGCGCUAACCCGGGUCUAUGUGACAGCGGCACUAACACGGGUCUAUGUGGUCACAGCGGCGCUAACCCGGGUCUAUGUGGUCACAGCGGCACUAACACGGGUCUAUGUUGUCACAGCGGCGCUAACCCGGGUCUAUGUGGUCACAGCGGCGCUAACACGGGUCUAUGUGGUCACAGCGGCGCUAACACGGGUCUAUGUGGUCACAGCGGCGCUAACACGAGUCUAUGUGGUCACAGCGGCGCUAACACGGGUCUAUGUUGUCACAGCGGCGCUAACCCGGGUCUAUGUGGUCACAGCGGCGCUAACACGGGUCUAUGUGGUCACAGCGGCGCUAACACGGGUCUAUGUGGUCACAGCGGCGCUAACACGGGUCUAUGUGGUCACAACAGAAGAAGAAGAGACUGUUGUAGAAUUACUGCACAUAACAAGAGUAAAAUAA